GCGGUCAUUGCAGACCCCUUUUCUGGUUCCCGCGGUGUUGGAGGCGGAGCUCCAGCUGCCUCGGAGCCGGCUGGGAGGAUCCACUUUGGGCUCCGAGCCGGCCCUCAGGCUGGGGUCGUGUCCGAUCUAAGCUAUCCUGGAAAAGGCUUUCCCUAUCCCGAGCUCGAGGCAUAGCCCGCAGACCUCCUUCGCGCGCCGCCUGGAGUUUGAUUCUGGCCCAGGCUGGCCAUCCCUUUGGUCGCCGGGUCUUCCCUUGGCGGUUACGGGGAACGGGACUCUAAGAUCCCUGGGUUCCGGGAGGAAGGAAGGGACUUGAGUGCGGGCCACCGGCCCCCUCGGUGUUUUGUUAUGAUGGGACCGCUUCAUUCCGGAGAAUGGGCCACACUAAGCCAGGAGUACAAAUGUCCAGGCUGCUCCUCGGUCCGGUCGGGAGCCUCUAUGCUUUAGUUCCGGGUGCGGGCUCCCUGAUGCUUGGGUGGGAAUUGCCUGAGUCUAGCCCCCAUCAAGGCGGAGUUGGCGGCUUUCCAGUUUCCCUCCUCCGUGCCCUUGAAAAGGAGGAGCGUUUUGCCCGGUGGCAGCCGCAGCUUGCGAGGUGGCAGGUUUGAGGUUGCAGUGGUGGGGCACUGCCAGCCAAAAAUAACCAUGGGUCGCUUGGGUGGCAGGAAUCCGGGAGGGCAGCCGCUGACCUGGCUGGCUGCUCUUCUUGUUAGCCCGGUUCUCUAGCCAGGAACAGCAAAUGAGAAGCCAGAGAGGCCUGUGCUCAGAGAAAAGCUGGCAUCUUUAGCUUAGUUUCAUUGGUCACAUUACCUUUUUCUUUACUGUGCAGAGCAGAGCUUCCCAAAGCAUAAUUGUGGUCCUUAAGUUUUAAAAUAGCUUUUCUGCUGAGGUCUCAGGAAACCAGGGAAUUUUCGAGAAAUAGGCUCAAAAGACCUGGCUGGGAGCAUGACGUGGGCCACCUGGUAUUUCCCAUUUUUCACCUGCCUUGGAUGCGUUGCAAGGGAGAUGAUCUCUAUUACUGCCUAUGUGUGGUACUUCAUGGCCAAAAUACUUGGCCAUCUUUGCCCAUCUAAAAGGUGUUAUCUUUAUUUUUCAGGCAUGACAACUGAGGUCUAGAGUGACUUGUAUAAGGCCACAGGGCCAGUAAGUGGCAGCACUGGGAUCAAGUUCAAGGUUUCCUGCCAAAACUUCCUACCCGGUCUCUUGGAAGGAAGGAAUUAUAAAUUAAGGCAUUCAGCAUAUCCCUGAGUGUUAGCCGGCAUCUUCUCAGUGCUAAUGAAAGGCUGUCUUUAGUACUUCUUGUGGCCCAAACCUGUGCUAGGCUUUUACUUUAUAGGGCAGACAUAUUUAAUUCUUACGGAGCCUGUAAGAGAUUAUUGUUCCCUUGUUUCAAGAGGAGGCCGAAGCUCAAAAUGGUUUAAUAACUUGCCCAAAGGCAAACAGUGAGGUGGUAGUGCUGUGGAUCAGGUUGACUUUCAACUCUGAAGCUGUGACUUUCCACUCAAGUAGACAUAUGUGGUCAUAGAAUCUAUCUAGGUCUCAGAAGGAAAAUUUUGGCCUGCUGUAGAUUAGAUCACAUUACCACAUUCUCCAGAUAGGAUUCCUGCUUAGAGUGCUCCGUCUGCCUGGUGAAGAUGGGCAGGACCAUUUGCCUUUUGGGAAGAUGUGUGCCCUGGCCAGUAGGAUGUCUUUUGGGUCAAUUAGUGAGACGUGACAUACUGCUUUCAGACCAUAGCUUGAGCACCUGCCAUAAGAUAAUGGGGGUGGGGGUGGGAACAUUCAGAUGAUUGUGAAAACAAGUCUUCUGAUUUUAUAUAGUGUUUAUCACCAAGGAUUUCUGGUUCCCUAGACUUUUCAGAUGGUGGGUUGUUAGUGGGAAGAUAGAUGGCAGUGUCUUUCUUAGGGUUCCCAGAGGCUCCCAGAGGUUUAGAUAAAUUGCCUCCCUAUCCUGCUCAUACACAAGUACCUAUUUCAUCUUUGGACUGUGCUGGUGAGAUGGAGCAGCCUUGAUGGAUUUGUUUAAAAGGUGCUUGGCCGGGCAAGCCUAGGACUACGCACUACUAGGAGGUUGGGUGUGAGCGAUUGAAGGCUUGGAAAGCAAACAAGCUGUGCUCUCAUGCCUGGCCAUCUGGUGGAGAGAAUGAGAAGGGGUUGGAUAUGGGUGAAAACAGUGCCAGACUCAUGUAGCCAUCUCUGUCAAUGGUUGCCGAACCCACUUGGGAGUCUCCUGUAUUGGAUCUAAGUGCUCAGUGGCUAAGGAAUACUUGUCCUACUUCCCAAUGUACAGCCACGUCUUGGCUCCUCCAGAGAUAGGGCAGAGAGAGAGAGAGAGAGGGAGAGAGAGAGAGUGUGCUGGAGUGGGAGCUAGAGGGAUGGCAGUGAUGCUGUUAGUGAAAGGUGAAACACCUGGUAUGGGACUCUAGUUGGUCUGAGGGCCACUAGGAUGUGCCUCCGGCAAGAAGCUUAGAGUCCCUGAGGAUUGUGGCACCUUUCUGGGCUGAGACUGGACGGGUCAGUAAGAACUGGGCAGGCCUUCUGGGCCCAGGCCCACUUGGCUGGAACCUGGCAGAGAUGCAUCACUGUAAGCGAUACCGUUCCCCAGAGCCAGACCCAUACCUGAGCUACCGCUGGAAGAGGAGGCGGUCUUACAGUCGGGAGCAUGAAGGUCGACUACGAUACCCAUCCCGAAGGGAGCCUCCCCCACGGAGAUCAAGGUCCAGAAGCCAUGAUCGUAUACCCUACCAGAGGAGGUACCGGGAACACCGAGACAGCGAUACAUAUCGGUGUGAAGAGCGGAGCCCAUCCUUUGGAGAGGACUGCUAUGGGUCUUCACGUUCUCGACAUCGGAGACGGUCACGAGAGAGGGGGCCGUACCGUACCCGCAAGCAUGCCCACCACUGUCACAAACGUCGUACCAGGUCUUGUAGCAGCGCCUCCUCGAGAAGCCAACAGAGCAGUAAGCGCAGCAGCCGGAGUGUGGAAGAUGACAAGGAGGGCCACCUGGUGUGCCGGAUCGGCGAUUGGCUCCAAGAGCGAUAUGAGAUCGUGGGGAACCUGGGUGAAGGCACCUUUGGCAAGGUGGUGGAGUGCUUGGACCAUGCCAGAGGGAAGUCACAGGUUGCCCUGAAGAUCAUCCGUAAUGUGGGCAAGUACCGGGAAGCUGCUCGUCUAGAAAUUAAUGUUCUCAAGAAAAUCAAGGAGAAAGACAAAGAAAAUAAGUUCCUUUGUGUCCUGAUGUCUGACUGGUUCAACUUCCAUGGUCAUAUGUGUAUCGCCUUUGAGCUCCUGGGCAAGAACACCUUUGAGUUCCUGAAGGAGAACAACUUCCAGCCUUAUCCCCUACCACAUGUCCGGCACAUGGCCUACCAGCUCUGUCAUGCCCUUAGAUUUCUACAUGAGAACCAGCUGACCCACACAGACUUGAAGCCAGAGAACAUCUUGUUUGUGAAUUCUGAGUUUGAAACCCUCUACAAUGAGCACAAGAGCUGCGAGGAGAAGUCAGUGAAGAACACCAGCAUCCGAGUGGCAGACUUUGGCAGUGCCACAUUUGACCAUGAACAUCACACCACCAUUGUCGCCACCCGGCAUUACCGCCCACCUGAGGUGAUCCUUGAGCUGGGCUGGGCACAGCCCUGUGAUGUCUGGAGUAUCGGCUGCAUUCUCUUUGAGUACUACCGUGGCUUUACACUCUUCCAGACCCAUGAAAACAGAGAACACUUGGUUAUGAUGGAGAAGAUCCUAGGACCCAUCCCAUCACACAUGAUCCACCGUACCAGGAAGCAGAAGUAUUUCUACAAAGGGGGCCUGGUUUGGGAUGAGAACAGCUCUGACGGGCGGUAUGUGAAGGAGAACUGCAAACCUCUGAAGAGUUACAUGCUCCAGGACUCCCUGGAGCAUGUGCAGCUGUUUGACCUGAUGAGGAGGAUGUUAGAGUUCGACCCUGCUCAGCGCAUCACACUGGCAGAAGCUUUGCUGCACCCCUUCUUUGCUGGCCUGACCCCUGAGGAGCGGUCCUUCCACAGCAGCCGUAACCCCAGCAGAUGACAGGUGCAGGCCAGCACACGAAGAGUUGGAGAGCUGGACUGGGCUGCUGGCCCCUUUUCUCCAGCCUCUCCUACUGGCUUCAGAGCCAGAGCCACCGAUGAACAGUGCAAUGUGAAGGAAGGCAGGAACCUGCAAGGGAUUGGGGGUGUGGUGCCCAGCUGCCAGAAAGCACAGAUUGGACCCAAGCUAUUUAUAUGUUGUAAAGUUAUAAUAAAGUGUUUCUUACUGUUUGUAA